UGCUGUGAAGAACGCAAUUACUUGCUUCAUUAUACCUACAGUAUUUCUUACUGCUUGGAUACUGCUGCUUUUUUAAAUCGAAAGAUUCAAGGCAUGAUUUGCGCAUGGGCUUUUUAGAGCAUUUGGCAAACAUUUUUGCAAUUCCGUUACAGCACCUUUUUGUUCACCUAACAUUGGGUUACACGUAUCAGUACCAAUGCCCCACACAUAGUUUUAAUGAAAUGCGUGACUGUUUGAGCAAGAAUUUGACUUGUGCGCUUGGGCUCCAUUGUAACAUUCUAUAAUUUCAUUUUGGAUCUGGCUGCUUAUGUACGUAGCAUGCGCUUUUCAGUUCUCUAAGUUUUUAUUCAAUAAAUUAUCGCU